AUGUCAAAGCUCAUCUCCGGAUCCACCUCUCCGGCUACGUGUCGUGUGCAAGUACAUUUGCGACACGUGCGGUUUGUCGUCUGGCAGUUGUAUCGAGUACUAGAAGUGCCUCAAUCGGCCGUAAGCGUCGACGAAAAACCCUCCGCGCCCACAGCUAGAUCCGACGAGAAAAAGGGCACCGAUAAACACAAGUGCGACAUUUGCAGUGCCGCAUUCCCUCUUCGGUUCCUUUUAUACGACCACAUGAAGAAUAAGCACGCCAAUGUCAAAUGCAAAACGUGCUCCAAGUGGUUUUUGGCGCGGACAGUGUGGAGCACGCAAUGCUCAGAUUGUGAAAAGAAGGGCGAUUCGGCCGCGUUGCCGGAUGUGGGAUUGAAAUGCGAGAUUUGUGGCCGACGCUGCUGGUCGAAACGUGCGAUGCAAAAGCACCAUUGGUCCGUGCACGGGAAUUUUCAGUGUCAUCCGUGCAAAAUAUGCGGCAAACCCUUUAAGAAAUUGAACGAGGCAUUGGCGCACGAGGACGGACACCGCGGUCUGAACUUGUACAAGUGCAGCAUUUGCUCUAGUUCGUUCUCCUUCUCCUUACAGCUGGACGACCACAUGAAGAGAAUCCAUACCGAAGGGGCCCGAUUCAAGUGUGACCUGUGCGACAAGACCUUUCGCUAUGGAAGCGGAUUAAAGGGUCACCAGGCGAACGCGCAUUCGACCACGCGUUACCGGUGUGCGGAUUGCCCCAAUACAUACCGGUCUAAGGGAAAUCUAAACGCCCACCGCCGCAUCCAUCUCCCCGGUUACGUACCGGAAAAGAUAACCUGCAAGGUAUGCCACGCCACCUUCAUCUCCAGAGGGGGUUACAAGCGCCAUCGCAAGUUGCACGAAAUAGACGCGGCCGGUCGAACUUUCGUCUGCGAAACGUGCGGAAAGAGCAUCUCCAGCCUGCCCAGCUUUAUGGACCACCUGCGCACGCAUACCGGAGAGAAGCCGUUUCAAUGUCACGAGUGCGGGAAGGCGUUUACCUCUAAAAAGUACUUCGUCGCGCACUCGAGGGUGCACACCAAGGAGAAGCCGUACAAGUGCCACAUGUGCGAUUCGAGAUUUACUCAGCGCGGUUCGCUUACGAUUCACGUACGGAAGCAUACCGGCGAUUGCCCGUACACGUGCCACGUUUGCGACAAGUCCUUUCCCGUUAAAACUUUGUUAAGGACUCAUAUGAAGGUGCAUACUAAAUGUCGCAAUGAAAAAUCGAAAUCCAUCCUUUGGCAGCUCUAUGGUAUAGUAGUGGUUCCCACCACUCCGGGAUCGGGUGUUAGCGCCGAGUCACCAACGCCAGCGCCCCCUCCGCCUCUUCCCGUAAAUAACAUUUCAGAUCCCCUUCGCACGAAUCCUUCCGCCGUUCCGGAGAAAAAUCCGCCGGUCUUCGUUUGCGAGCUUUGCGACAAGAGGUACAAGUCGAAGUACACGAUGAUCAAGCACGUGGCUUCCGCGCACAAGGACGAAAUCUGCGAAACGUGCGGCGGGAGGUCGAAGAAGAUCGAGUUCAAGUGCGAUCGCUGCGAUAAAACCUUUCGGUUCGAGUCUUCCUUAUGGAGCCACAAGCGUAGGAUACACGAAACCGCAAAUGUGCGGACCUAUGCGAAGGCGAACUCGAAGAGGAAGAUGUCGAAAUUCGCCUGCAACGUGCUCAGUUGGCAAUUUAGCGAGUGGUCCGAAGGAAUGCUACCGAUGCUAUACUGCGUGCCGUGCAACAAAUCCUUUUUAACUCGCGAGAAAUUCACCAGGCACAACUACUACUCGCACACGGAAGGAAAAGUGCCUUGCGAGGUGUGCGGCAAACUGUUCAAAAGUAUGUGGUACCUGAAGGCCCACAGCGUGGUGCACCAGUCGCAUUCCGUCGAGUGCGACAUCUGCAAUCGGACUUUCAAACAUGCGAAAAGUCUGGGACAGCACAAGAGUCAGGCGCACUACAACGCGGGCAAGUGGAAUUGCAAGCAGUGCGAGAAGGAGUACAUUACCGCCGCCGGUUUGGUCGCGCACGUGAAAACCGCCCACCUCGGCGUGACGUACACGUGCGACGUGUGCAAACGAACGUACCUAAGCGAAUCGCACUUCAAGAUCCAUCAGCGCAAUCACGAGAUCGGCAACGUUCGGCUGCUCUACACGUGCAUGACGUGCGGCGACCAACUCUCGUCGAAGUCCUCCCUAAAGCGUCACAUGCGAAUACACAAGGAGAACUUCUUGUACAUCUGCGACGUGUGCGGAAAAGGUCUCCGUACGCCGCAGAGCUUUCGGAACCAUUCGAGGAUCCAUUCGGGGGAGAAGCCGUUCGGCUGUCACGAGUGCGGCAAGACGUUCGUGUCCAAGGAGAGACUGACCGAGCACGUUCGCGUUCACACGAAGGAGAAGCCCUACGGCUGCGGGGUCUGCGGGAAAAGUUUCACGCAGCAGCACUCGCUCAAGGUUCACGCGCGUCUGCAUACGGGCGAACGUCCGUACCGGUGCCACAUUUGCGAGAAGGCUUUCAUCGUUAAACCGAUGCUCGUUUCGCAUCUCAAGAUGCACGACGUGCUCUUUGAGUUCAGGAUCAAGGAUGAGCCCGUAGGAGAUCAUACAGUGUAUUAUGUCAUCACCAUUGAUGACGAUGGCGAAGAGUUUCAAACCUUAUCCGCGGUUAAUGCUCACCCCGAAUCUUCUUCCGCGACAAUUUCUAGUGUCGCAGAAGAUCAGCAAAGGUAUCAGUGCUCCGUUUGCGACAAUCUGUACUUGCGCCGUCGCGGCUUACACGAUCACAUGAGGUCUCACCGCCCCCGCGAGGAAACGCCAAGUAAACGCAAGAGGCGUCGACGCGCCCUCGCCGGAGACACGCGCUACAAGUGCUACUUCUGCGAAAAAUCCUUCAAGCUCAGCUUCUAUAGGGCGAUGCACGAGCGAACGCACACCGGCGAAAAACCUCACGUGUGCUCGUUCUGCGGCAGGGGGUUCUCGCAACGUACCAGCAUGGUCAUGCACUUGCGCACGCAUACCGGCGAGAAGCCCUUCACGUGCCAGCUGUGCGGCAAAGCGUACACUAGCAAGUCUGCGGUGAAGGUUCACACGAAGAAAUGCAUGAAAAAACUCUUAUGCGAGUUUCCGAAAGACGAGUACGCGUGCAUGGGAUGCGAGCGAAGAUUUAAAAGCAGGAACGGUUUAACGCGGCACGCGCACGGCAAGGGCUUGACCUGCAAGGUGUUCGUGCUAGAAAAGUGCACGACAAACGAUAGGUUUCAAUGCGACGUCUGCCUGAAGUUCUUCAAACGCCCGAAUACUUUAAGAGCGCAUAAGAAGCGAGUACACGACGAGUUAACUUGCGAUACGAAAUUCGGUUCCAAGCGGCAUUUACUCCACCAUCGCGAACAGGUUCACUCCGACAUCACUUACAAGUGUCCAGACUGCGGAAAGGUCUACGGAGACCAGGCCUACUUCAACAGUCACCGUCGAAUUCACGUCCACAGGCUGUUCACGUGCUUCGAGUGCAAUCGACAGUUGGCGUCGAAGAUAUCCCUCAGGCGGCACAUCAAGGCCCACCGGGCCGAUCAGUGUUUCGUGUGCGACUCCUGCGGUAAAAGCGUGAAGACGAUGAAGAGCUUGGUAACGCACCUGCGCACGCACUCGGGCGAGAAACCGUUCGGUUGCGCCACGUGCGGCAAACGAUUCAUCGCGCGCGAGCGUCUUAUCGAACACGAGCGAGUUCACACGAAGGAAAAACCGUACGCGUGCAGCGUCUGCGCGAAGAGGUUCUCGCAGUGCGGCUCGCUGAAGAUUCAUCUGAGGCAGCACACGGGAGAGCGGCCAUACGCGUGCAACAUUUGCGGGAAAGCGUUUAUGGUUAAGGCGCUGCUGGGGACACACAUGAAGGCGCACGGUGUAUAUUAA